AUGAACUCUCCCACAUCCACCAUUAACUUCCCACUCCUCCCAGAGCGAGAACCACCCUACUCUGCCUUUUCAGAACCUAGAAAACGCUUCUAUCUCGCCAUCGUCACAGCAGCCGGCUUCUUCGGCCCGCUCUGCGGUGCCGUGUAUCUCCCCUCGUUGAAUCUCUACGAGGAUGUUUUCCAUGCCCCAGGGACAGUCAUUAAUGCAACUGUGUCAGUGUAUAUGGCCGUUUUUGCCGUUGCACCCUUACUCGGUGCAGCACUAUCAGACCUCGGCGGCCGCAAAACAAUCUACAUCGUCACGCUCGCUAGUUUCCUGAUCGCCAAUAUCCUCCUUUCCACACUUCCGCCCAAUAUCGGCGCAUUAUUUAUCCUCCGCAUCUUCCAAGCCUUCGGCGCCUGCAUCGUGACAUCCAUUGGCGCAGGAACAAUAAGCGAUAUAUUCGAGCCCGCGCGACGUGCCUCCGUUCUUGCUAUCUUUCUGCUCGGGCCACAGCUAGGCCCCAUCCUCGGGCCCUUAAUUGGCGGCCAAUUCGCAACAGAAGACAAAUGGCGCUGGGCAUUUGGGUUCCUGGCCCUCGCCUGCUUGCCCGUCUACCUCGCUAUCCUGUUCUGCCUCCCCGAGACAUUGAGAUGUCUAGUUGGGAAUGGGGAAGUCUUCAGAACCAGACCGCUUUUUACGCUGCCCCGUCUGCGUCAGAAACCGCUCGUAGACCAAGGCAAAUUCCCUAAGCCACCGAAACCGAGUCUGAGGAACUGGAUCAACCUCUUGAUUCAACCAACGCAGUGCAUUGUUUUUGUGAACGGAGCCCUCUCCUUCGCUGGGUUGUACCUUAUGUAUGUUUCCUUCCCAGAUGUCUGGGGCGAGAAGUACGGGUUUAGUACCGCGGAGGUUGGGUAUGCAUAUUUGAGCCCUGGAAUCGCCCUCUUCAUUGCCUCCCUCCUAACGGGCCGGUUCUCCGACUGGCAUCGCGCACGCCUGGUAAAGGCCACUCCCGACAUAAAGAUCAAAGCGGAAACACGCCUCCCAAUUCAAAUUAUGGGUUUUGUCAUCUCCGCCGCCGGAAAAGUCAUGUUCGGCUGGUUCACGCAGCAUAAGCUCCAUCCUGUUGCUGGGCUUGUUGCAUCUGCCUUAGCCGGAAUCGGAACAGCUAUAAUUUUCGUAACAUCCACCUCCUUUCAGACUGAAUGUGCGCCGGCGCAGUCCGCGACGAUCGUUGCGUUAGCCGGUUUGCUGAGAAACAUUGCAGCUGCGAUUGCGGCCGUAAUUGUAGAUGGAGUCGUGAAGAAAAUGGGAUAUGGUUGGUGUUUCACAGGAUUGGGAGCAUUGGAUGGGAUCUGUAUCGGUGGGAUCGUUUAUAUUAUCUGGAAGGGGUGGAAGCGUGACGAAAAGAGAGAAGGGCGCGGUUGGCUCAGGAUUAAUUCUUUCAAGGUCUAA